UGUUUUCAUUAUCAUUAGGCAAAGAAAAUAAUUUAACAGAAAUGUUGAAGGAGGAAAAUGGUGACACCAGUAACAACUUGGCUCGUAUGUGUGACACAUGCCAAUCCGCACCGUGGACUGUGUACUGCCGGGCAGACGCGGCUUACUUGUGCAUUGAUUGCGACGCCCGCAUCCAUGCCGCCAACGGGGACUCUUCACGGCACGAGCGCGUGUGGGUGUGCGAGGCUUGUGAAAGUGCCCCGGCCGCCUUCUUAUGCAAGGCUGAUGCCGCGUCCCUCUGCACCACCUGCGACUCCGACGUCCACUUGGCCAACCCACUAGCUCGCCGCCACAAACGUAUCCCCAUUUUGCCGAUUCCAGGCUCACUCCACGGCCCCUCUGCGGCUCCGACUGGUGAUAUGGAUGCAGACGGCGAGUUCUUGACCCCAGAGGACGACGAGGCAGCUUCCUGGUUAUUGCUAAACCGUGUCAAGAAGGGUGGAAAUGAAGAGAACAAUAAUGGGCACUUAUCAGGUGAAGUCGAUGAAUAUAUAGACCUUAAUCAGUACAAUUCAUGUCAAGAAAUUCACUUCACUGAAGAUCAGUACAAAAAUCAGAAACAAAAUCACAAUGUUCCUGAUCAUGAUAAGAAAUUGUAUGAUGGUGAUAGUGUUGUGCCAGUUCAGUAUGAAUCAAAGGGCAAAGAAGAGGUUCAUCAAAAUAGAUUUCAGUUAGAGAUGGAGUAUGAGAUGUCCAAUGCUGGUGUUUCCCUGUCAUCCUUGGAUGUUGGAGUUGUACCAGAAUCAAGAUUGAGUGAAGUUUCAUCAGUCUCCCAGCAAAGACCCUCAAAAGGCACAAUUUAUCUUUCCUCAAGUCCACCUAUCCAAAUGCCAACACAACUUUCUGCCAUGGACCGUGAGGCCCGCGUAUUAAGGUACAGGGAGAAGAAGAAGAAGAGGAAGUUCCAAAAGAUGAUUAGAUAUGCAACGAGGAAGGCUUAUGCAGAAACUCGACCCCGGAUCAAAGGUCGAUUUGCAAAAAGAACAGAUUCUGAUCAAAUGUUCUCUACAAGUUCAAUAGCAGAUAGUCCUGGAUAUGGCAUCGUACCCUCAUUUUGAGGACAUGUAACUAUCAAAGGUUCUUAAAGAAAAUUUAAGGAUUUGUCUUAGAUUUGUACCAAUCAUUUCUGCAGCUACUGCUAACUACAUUUACAUAUUACCGUCAUUUUAUCAAUCACUUAUACAAGUUUUUCACAUUAAUUUUUUUUUGGUUUGGUACGACAAAUUGAGCAUGAUGGAUAAAUUCUGUUGAAAGUUGAUGUGUUAAUUUCCACUUAGACUUAGUCAUUGAUCUUGGUUUAAGUUGCAGAUAUUUGCUACGUAUUUUUCUGGUUUUUAGUUAGUCAAAAUGAGUAUGAAGUAGUGGCAAUAAAAUGUGCUGUUAGUUGA